UAUAAAUCUUACAAAAUAUGAUAUAUAUCUAUACAAAAAUAUAUAAACAUAUAUGUGUUAUCACAAUGUCUUGGAGUUUGUGUUGUCCAACACUUAAGAUUUCGUGGACUAACACCUGGGCUACUAAAAAGAUAUUUGAAGAAUGUAUUCUCAAUAAAUGGGCUGAAGAACCAAACCCAAAGAGCCCAAACAUAUUCUACACAAGUCCAAGAAGAUAGCAACCCAUUGGAGAGGAUAUGGUGCCACCUUUGAACCCAAUUUCGGCCCACCUUUAUCAAGCACGAAUUGGGGAUGUUUUCUACAUUAUUUCAACCUCAUGAAGAGCUUCUUUAAGCCUCCUAGCCAUUGCAAGACGUUGCACAUCCACUUCCACCAACUUUCCACUUUUUUCUUACUUUAUGGUGUCUUGUUUUCCAUUACCUUUCUUUAAUGUUUUGUUAGCUCCACCUUAUGCACGAAUUUCUCUUGCUUUCUUCUGUGUUUCAAGCCUAUUUAAAGGCCCUUGUAUGUCAAGAGUGAGCAGACUUUGAAUUGAUAAGAAAUCGAGUUGCAUUUUGCUUCUUCUUCUUGGUGUGUCCGAGAGUAUCGCCUUCUGCGCAUGUGUGUGUGUGUCACCCUUAUGCAAGGUCAAAACGUGGUGGAUUCAAGGUUGGUUUGGCUUUUUGAAUCCUCUUUCAUACCCCUAUCUUCCAUCAAAAAUUGGGAAUCAUCCGAGUGCCCUUUGGCCUGGAACUUCCCUUCCAUCUAUCACCUAAACCGAGUGCUCUCGAGUGCUCUGUUUUAGUCCGAUUUGCAGAUUGUUUUUGAGGGAUUCCGAGAGCCCUUUGGCCUGGGUCUCCUCUUAAAUAUAUAUAUAUAAAUACCUUAGUGAGUCUCCAAGUGUCCCCUGGUCUUGAGCUAGCUGCUUUCGUUACCCAACGACAACAUAAGUCACGCACGUACAAACCGCAUUUCACCGAAGGAAACGAGUGAGGCUUCCUUGGUUCCGUGCAUAUAUCAUUUUUGGUAUCAGAGCCCUUUUCAAGGACCACCCUAAGGUAAAGUAUCUCUCUUUGUGUUUUACUUUCAUUUUAAUUAGAUUUCACCGUUUUGCUUUGAAGAAAAACCGAAAACCACAAAAACACUCCCACCGGUGAAGAGGUAACACUACAUCUCUUCCUACUUUGUGUUUGCUUUGUGUUUGUGUUUCGUUUGUGAUUCUUUUAAUCAAAACUCUUUGAGAAAAUCAAAAUAAAGAAGUAAGAAUGUCGGGAGAAGGAGAGACUAGCCAUGCCGCGUUAGCACAAAUCCUACAAGACAUACAAGAGCGGUUGGCACGUCUAGAGGAAUCACCAAGGAGGUCGGAACCUACUCGGGCCAGCCUUCCACGCCGUGAAGAACCUUUACGAGAACGAGAAAGAAUCCCUGUUGAAUGUCCUCCAAGACGUAGAGAAGGCAGGAACCACGUCCCAAUUGUUGAAGAUGAUGAUGACGACGAUUUCUAUCGAGAACAACAACGUCGUGCAAGAGAACACGGUAACGAUCUAAAAUUAAAAUUACCUACAUUUGCUGGUCGUGUUAACCCGGAUGCCUAUCUCGAUUGGGAGAGGCGGAUGGAUAAUAUUUUUUAGUGUUAUGAGUAUUCGGAGCACAAGAUGGUGCAAUAUGCUGCGGCACAACUCACCGACAAUGCACUAGCAUGGUGGGAUCGUGAAGUAGCGGAAAGGAGGAGAGCACGCUACGAACCAAUUUCCACAUGGCGUGAGAUGAAACUUAUGAUGAGAAAAAGGUAUGUUCCACCUCAUUUUCAUCGAGAGUUACAGAAGAAAUAUCGUACUCUAGUGCAAGGAUCUAGGUCGGUGGAAGAUUACUUCGAAGAAUUUGAAUAUCUUCGGAACCGAUGGGAAUUGGACGAAAGCGAGGAAGCGGUGAUGGCACAAUUUGUUAAUGGACUGCAAGAACGAAUUUCUCGCAAGGUAGAAAGAUUAGUUUACCAUGAGUUGCAGGAACUACUUCAUAUGGCAAUACAAAUUGAACAACAAAUCAACAAGAAGCAAACUCGGGUAAACCGAGCUCGGAUGACCGCACCGAAUCCUCCGACACACCGACCCGAGUACAAGGGCAUUUCCACCGAUGUGAGCCGACCAAGUCUGGACGAAACUCAUGUUAAGUCCAAGGGGAAAUCCAUGGCUACUUAUAAGGAGGAUACAAAGGUAAGUAAAUCGAACACUACUAACCUCCGAACUCGAGAGAUUGUUUGCUACAAGUGUAGGGGACGUGGACAUUAUGCUAAGGAUUGCCCGAAAAAUCGAGUCAUGAUCCUCACCGAUGCGGGAGAGUAUGAAUCAAUGGACGAGGAUGAAGUUGAGAAAGUACAAGAAGAGAUCGAAUACCCGAAUAGUGAAACUAGGGCUUGAAACCGAGAAGCAUCCUCAUCCGUACAAGUUACAAUGGCUUAACAACCAAGGUGAACUUAAGGUAAAUGAGAGAGUCAAAGUUUCAUUUAGCAUUGGGAGAUACCAAGAUGAAGUAUUAUGUGAUGUGGUUCCAAUGCAAGCCGGACACAUUCUUCUUGGACGACCAUGGCAAUUCGAUCGAGAGGUGAAACAUGAUGGUAGGACUAACCAUUAUUCAUUCAUAUAUAACAAACGUAAGAUAUCGUUGGCUCCCCUUAGUCCAUCGCAGGUUCAUGAGAUGCAAGUGAAGUUGUCAAAGGAAGGCGACGACAAAAAGACAAGUUUUUAUGUAAAACCGAGUACGGUAAGUAAUGCGUUAGUCAAUGACCGCUUGGUUUUACUAAUGUUGUUCAAAGAUGCUUUGAGUACAGGCUCCGAACAGAUUGUGCACCCUCCGGAGAUCACAAGACUCUUGGAAUGUUUCCAAGACAUUUUCCCCGAGGAGACACCCGCGGGAUUGCCACCAAUUCGAGGGAUCGAGCGUCAAAUUGAUCUCGUACCGGGAGCACCUCUACCGAAUCGUCCCGCUUAUCGUAUGAAUCCCGAGGAAACUAAAGAACUCCAAAAGCAGGUACAAGAGUUAUUAUCUAAGGGUUAUAUACGCGAAAGCUUAAGUCCUUGUGCAGUGCCGGUUUUGCUCGUACCGAAA